AACAUUCACGAUCCAUUACUAAUCAACAUCAUACAAAACGCCGUCCCAAAAAAUAAAACCCAACGGCGUAAUUUUUACUUAUAAAGCAAUAAACCCUCUAACAAAUGCUUGCACUCCGCCCCCGGCUACUUCCCACCGCCAUGAUCGGCGCCACCGCUGCUCUCUCCUCACCAUCAUUUAUUGCCCUUAGAAACCCUACUCUAUCAACACCCCACUAUCCGCAACUUUCCGGUGAGAUGUUUCUCGGGAAGCGCCUUUCUCUCUCUACUCGCUUCCCCAAUGCUUCCAUUCGCUGCUUCGCGGCUGCUGCAGCUAACGAAAAGGUUCGAGUUCAGAACCCCGUCGUCGAAAUGGACGGUGAUGAGAUGACCCGGGUCAUAUGGAAAAUGAUUAAAGACAAGUUGAUAUUUCCGCAUGUUGAAUUGGAUAUAAAGUAUUUCGACUUAGGGAUAUUGAACCGGGAUGCAACUGAUGACAAAGUUACUGUGGAGAGUGCAGAGGCUGCCCUUAAGUAUAAUGUUGCCAUAAAAUGUGCUACAAUUACUCCAGAUGAGAGCAGAGUGAAGGAAUUUGGACUAAAAGCUAUGUGGAGAAGUCCCAACGGCACAAUCAGAAACAUAUUAAAUGGAACUGUUUUCCGCGAGCCUAUCCUUUGUCGAAAUAUUCCCAGAAUUGUUCCUGGCUGGAAGAAACCCAUUUGUAUCGGCAGACAUGCCUUUGGUGAUCAGUAUCGUGCCACUGAUACAGUAAUACAGGGAUCUGGAAAACUUAAGCUCAUUUUUGAGCCAGAAGAUGGGAAUAGACCCUUAGAACUGGAAGUCUAUGAUUUUAAAGGACCAGGCAUUGCCCUUGCUAUGUAUAAUGUUGAUCAGUCUAUCCGAGCAUUUGCGGAAUCAUCAAUGGCAAUGGCAUUUGGGAAGAAGUGGCCUCUCUAUUUGAGUACAAAAAAUACCAUUCUUAAGAAGUAUGACGGCAGGUUCAAGGACAUAUUUCAGGAGGUAUAUGAAGAAAGAUGGAAGGAAAAAUUUGAAGAACAUUCUAUAUGGUAUGAGCAUCGCUUGAUUGAUGACAUGGUGGCCUAUGCGCUCAAGAGUGAAGGUGGAUAUGUUUGGGCAUGUAAGAACUAUGAUGGAGACGUCCAGAGUGAUUUACUUGCUCAAGGAUUUGGUUCUCUUGGGCUCAUGACUUCUGUUCUGUUGUCGGGUGAUGGAAAAACGUUAGAAGCUGAGGCAGCUCAUGGGACUGUAACCCGUCAUUUUAGGCUACAUCAAAAGGGACAAGAAACCAGCACCAACAGUAUUGCUUCCAUAUUCGCAUGGACACGAGGAUUAGAACAUCGAGCCAAGCUUGAUGAAAAUCAAAAGCUGCUAGAUUUUGCUCAAAAGCUAGAAGCAGCAUGCAUUGAGACAGUGGAGUCAGGAAAGAUGACGAAAGAUCUUGCUAUUCUGAUUCAUGGACCAAAGGUGCUGAGGGAGUUCUACUUGAGCACUGAAGAAUUCAUUGAUGCUGUUGCUCAAAAUCUUGCGACAAAACUUCACUCUCCAGCACAUAAUUAAAGUUCGAAUCUGAAUUUUGAAGCGGAUAGUAAUAUUGGAACUAUAGAGGGAGAGAAGCUGAAGUUGUUCAUCGUACAGCACCCACUCUCUUCCAAACAGAGAGAUCCUACUGUCGUGAGAACCUUCCAGACCAAAAGUACCAUUUAUCUGUGAUGAGAUAUUGAAUGGGUUAUCAAUGUCAAGGAUAACAAUUACGCGCAAGUUGUAUUCUGACUUUGAUGGAUCUUGCCACAUUUCUCCAUUCUGAGUUAGGACGAGAUCGUACAUUGAGGAAGUUGAUAGGAUAAUAGCCCGCCAUUCACUCAUGAUGUGAUGAAUUGAUACUUCUUGUGUUUGGAGUUGCCCGAAUAAGAGACUCUGGGAAAGGCAGCUGUCCUUUUCUAUUUCUAUUUUGAUGAAUUUUAGAUUCCAUUACCUUUUCAUUGUCUUUUCUCUAAUUCCCCACGAAUAUGAUGAUGUAUGAAUAUUUACUUUAUAAUAUAUUGCCACAUGUCUCGCGA